AUGACCUGCGACACCUUUGAGCCAUUUCAGCGCCUCCCCGCUGAGAUUCGGCGGAUGGUAUACGACUUUGCCACCCCCACUCGCUUCGUUCAUGUUCGAGAUCGUCGCGAGUCCGAGUCGGAUCUCGUCAAGCGGCUUGAGAAGGGACCGGAAGUCGUCACACUGCACCCAUCAGUGAGCUACUUUGCUCCUCACUGGCGCCACAUGAUUCCUUUUCAGUCAGACGAAGGAGACGAUUCCACCAGCCAGAUGAAAGUGCCAUCCUUCUGGCUACGGAGUCACCCUACAAUAGCGUGGCAGUUGAUGCGGAAAUACCAUCUCGUUAGCAAGGCGCCAAUUCCGGUAUUACUCCACACUUGCGUAGAAUCGCGUGCGGUGUUGAUGGAAAAGGGGUACCGCCUCGCAUUUGGAACACCAGACAGCGAACCACGGAUCUGGUUCAAUUUCGAGAAAGACGUGCUACAUCUCGAUGCUAAGGAUCGUAAGAUGUUAUGGAACGAUGACGAUAUUCUUGUUGGCAGCCAUUGGGGACUUCUCGUGCAAUUUGAUCCGAACGACCUGGUCCAAGUCCGACAACUGUCACUGGCUGGGGCUUAUCUCUUAGCCUAUACCCCGGACUCUUUCAACGUAUCGUCUGCAUUGAGGAUACACGAUGCCCUUCGACUAUUGCCUCAUAUCAAGAGCUUAUAUGUGGUUCAAAGGGCAGGUGGUAAAGCCGACGGAGACCGCACAGAUGGAACAUCCGCGCGUGAGCUUUGGGAGUGCGUUCCGUUUGAGGGAAUUGACAGUUUAUACCGCUCUUGGCGCCAGGAGCGUCUCGAUCUUGCUGAUACCUGCGUCCAUACUAGCAGAUGGAAGCCAAAUACGCCACCUCCCGAGAACGCUCAGUACAUUAAAGAACCGGCACAGAAUACUGUGGAGGUCUUGGAGAUCAUGAGAGACAAGGCACUUCGUCACCAGAAGCCAAAUGCGCCAUUCAUACCCUGGAACAUUCCAUCAGUGGAGAUUGUUCAUGUUCUCCCAAGCUCCAUAGCCGAAGAGUUACGCAAGAGUCGAGUCAGCCUGCGGGAAUACAUCAAAGCUCAACUUGAGGCGGCGGCGGAAGCGGCAGCGCGUCGUCGUGUGACCCGUUCAAUGACCCUUCAAAGUUGGCGGCGAACAGCGACGCCGCGCUGA